CCUGUUUAAAACACUUUACUGAGAUUGUCUUAAAACGAUCUACAGGUCCCUAUUACCGGCCUCCUACAUUUGCCAAAAAGUCAGCAGCAGACAAUCCUUUGGCGUUUUAUUUAUUUUUCUUUUAGUAAAAUGUUUUCCCUAUUGCACAAAGAAGAAACGGCUCAUGAAGAUGGUAUUUGGUCAUGUUCAUGGGGUCGAACACAACCAGCUGAAAAAUCUGCAGCAGAUGAAUCGGCUACAGAAAAGGAUCCGGAUGCCAGUAGAGAUUCUUUUCUGGGACUCGAAAGUAAAGCGAAAGAACCCACAGAUUUUAUUGUCACCGGUGGUUUGGAUGAUUUGGUUAAGGUGUGGGACAUCAAGGAGGAUAACACAUUAAAACUGCGACAUCAAUUGAAGGGACAUUCGCUGGGUGUUGUAUCGGUGGCAGUGAGUUCCGAUGGCAAAACAAUUGCCAGCAGUUCCUUGGAUUCCAGUUUAUGUUUUUGGGAUUCUGAGAGUGGCCAACAGAAACAUUUGCUAUCAUUUGGACCUGUCGAUUUGUGGACAGUGGCAUUUUCACCAUGCGAUAAAUAUGUCAUCUCCGGUUCGAAUGAAGGCAAAAUAUCCAUGUAUAAUGUGGGGUCGGGUAAACAGGAACAAAUAUUGGAUCCCCAAAAUGGAAAGUUUACCUUGAGCAUAGCAUAUAGUCCAGAUGGUAAAUAUAUUGCGAGCGGUGCUAUUGAUGGUAUUAUUACCAUCUUCGAUGUGGCAGCUGGCAAAGUAACACAAACAUUGGAAGGUCAUGCCAUGCCUGUACGCAGUUUAUGUUUCUCCCCCAACUCGCAAAUGUUACUAACCGCAUCUGAUGAUGGUCAUAUGAAGUUGUAUGAUGUUGCCCAUUCUGAUGUGGCCGGUACACUUUCGGGACAUGCGUCAUGGGUAUUGUGUGUCUCAUUUUCCGAAGAUGGCAAACGUUUCGCCUCAUCGUCAAGCGAUACUACAGUUAAAAUAUGGGACUUUGCCGAACGGAAAUGUAUGCAUACCUUUUCGGAGCACAGUGAUCAGGCAUGGGGCGUUAAGUACAGUGCAUCAAAUGAUAAAGUUGUUUCAGUAUCUGAAGAUAAAUCUCUUAAUCUUUAUAAUUGUCCACCAAAUGUUGUUGUAUAAAAAAUCGGCGCAACAUGACAAAAAAAUAAAAUUUACAAAAAAAAAAAAAAAAAAACGAAGGAAUUGUGUGUGAUUUUGUAUCCUUAAAUCGUAUAUUUCUUUCACUUCAUUCACUCUUUACGGUAUUUACAAAAAAUAUGAAUCCAAAUAGGCAUCUCACAAUUGUUCUAGUUAAUAAUCUUAAGUCAUGCAUUUCAUGCACUUCGAAAAUAAUCA